UGGCAGACAGAGAGGUCAACUGUGACAGUAAAGCUGUGGACUUCUUGGAUGAUGUUGGCGAAGCUGUCAGGAUCCACUGUCCUGCUGGCUGUUCCUUAACUGCUGGUACUGUAUGGGGUACAGCCAUAUAUCACGAACUUUCCUCAGUAUGUCGUGCAGCUAUUCACGCUGGCAAGGUUCCAAACUCUGGAGGUGCAGUGCAUGUAGUGAACAACGGUCCGUACUCAGACUUUCUGGCAAGUGAUCUGAAUGGGAUAAAAUCAGACGAGUUGAAGUCUCUUGCUCAGAGUUUCCGAUUCGAUUAUGUCAGUUCAUCAACAGCAGGGAGAAAGUCAGGAUGUCCUGAUGGAUGGUUCGAGAUUGAGGAGAACUGUGUGUACGUUACAUCGAAACAGAGAGCCUGGGAAAGAGCUCAAGGUGUAUGUACCAAUAUGGCCGCUCGUCUUGCUGUGUUAGACAAAGAUGUAAUUCCAAGUUCCUUGACUGAGACUCUACGAGGGAAAGGGUUAGCAACGAUGUGGAUAGGACUACACAGAUUAGAUGCUGAGAAUCACUUUAUUUGGGAGCUAAUGGAUCGCAGUAGUGUUGCUUUGAAUGACAGCCUAACAUUCUGGGCUCCUGGAGAACCUGGUAAUGAAACUAACUGUGUAUAUCUGGAUAUCCAAGAUCAGCUACAGCCAGUGUGGAAAACCAAGUCUUGUUUUCAACCCUCAAGUUUUGUGUGUAUGAUGGAUUUGUCAGACAAGAACAAAG